CGGAAGUAAACAGCCUGCUCCCUGCUGCUGUCAGUUGGUGUUUUCUUUUCUUAAAAACAGUAAUUUCACAGCUGGUCGUGUCUUCAUUAGCAGGCUGACAGAUGUCCGCUUCUCCCGCAGAAGAUCUGCUCCAGCAGUGGGAAAGUGAGCAGGCACGUCUGAGGCAGCAGGUGCUGGAGGACGACACAGAGGACUGGCAGAGGAGCCCAGACUUUUCAGGUCUGGAGCGAGUUGGUGGGGUGGACCUCUCCUUCAUCAAAGGGGAUGACGUCAAUGCCUGUGCCCAGCUUGUGGUACUCAGCUACCCAGAUCUGCAGGUGCUGUAUGAAGACAGUCAGAUGGUGACCCUGACGGCCCCCUACAUAGCCGGCUUUCUGGCAUUCAGAGAAACUCCUUUCCUCCUGGAGGCUCUGCAGAGGCUGAAGAAGAACCAGCCCACACUCCUUCCUCAGGUGGUGUUUGUGGAUGGGAAUGGUCUCUUUCAUUACAGAGAGUUUGGCUUGGCGUGUCACCUGGGAGUGCUGUCAGGGCUGCCCUGUGUGGGCGUGGCCAAAAACUUGCUGCAGGUGCAAGGAGUCAACAAGAGUGAGGAGCAUCAGUCACAAAUAGCUGCUCUGCAAAGAGGAGGAGACAGCUUCCCACUCAUAGGCGCCUCAGGCAAAGUGCUCGGAAAGGCACUGCGAAGCUCUGACAAGAGCUCGAAGCCAGUGUAUGUGUCUGUGGGCCACAAGAUCAGCCUGGACACAGCUGUCCGCCUCACACACGCAUGCUGCCGAUACCGGGUCCCUGAGCCAAUCAGACAGGCUGUGCUGUGCUUCUGCAGUGCACCAUAUGAUUACUGCAAGCCACCUGACUGCACUUGUUUUAGCUGGUGGGGAGAGGGGCAUCCGGCAGCAACAGGGACUGACUGUGGACAUCAGAGAGAAGCAGGAACAAUCUUACCUUCCUCUGUCCAGUCACCAGUGCCUCCCUCUUCAUCCUCCUUUCUUUGCCCAACUGCUCUGCUUUCAGUCUCUGACAUCCACAUUCCCUUCUGUGUCUCCCAGCAUUGCCCUCGUGUUCUCUCCCGGCUUCUGCCACAGGCCGACUGUCGCUCCAGAGAAUACCUUCGCAUACACUUCCCAUCUGCAGAUACGUGAUUCAGAGAAUGAGGGGGGUGUGGACAGGCCAGAGGUGAACCAAGGACACUUCAGGUGAAGCAGAGACACACAGGCAGUCAGAGAGAGGUAAGGAUGAGGAGAGAAAAAGCCUUUGAUCCUCUGAUUCUCAUCUGAAAUAACAGGCAGCGCUGCCGAAUCUUACCCUACCUUCCUCAUUACGGAUCAAAGCUGCAGACAGUUAGCACACUCAGAUGCUUCGAAAACGCAAUCAUCUUUCAUUUUCCCGAGUAUUUUUAAUCGUGCACAGAAUCAAACCUUUAGGUCUGGAGUGCAGAUGCUCGAGCGAGCUCACACUCACGCGCUUGAGGAUGUGUGCACCUUCACGUCCCUUGAUACCCUACUUGGAAACAUAAUGGGAUGUCCGUGUUCAUCCGCUCAGAA